AUGAAACCAACAGUUUCAGGAGGGAUGUGUCGCUUGUCCCUCGUUCUCCUGCUCUUCUCCUGCCCGGCUGUUUCCACGCUGACCAUCACCACGGAGCAGCGCGCUGUUGACAGCGAUGUCAGGACUCUGACCAGCGGCGGCAGCAGCGCCGCUGCAGCGGGCAGCAGGGGCGCCACCUUGUUCCUCCUCACCGGCUACAAGCCACCACUGCCACCGCCGCCCGCUGGACCCAAAGUGGCGCCGAAAGCAGCCGAGGUGGAGGACGGAGACGAUCCGCCGGUUGUGGCCGAGCUCCCUCCAAAGCCCCUCCCUCAGACCAUGUUGCCAAGGAACAUGACGGCCGACGCCCUGAAGCCUCCGCUCGGUGCGGCCCAGGUGGCUCCACCUCCCAGACAGCUGGUGGAUGUGGACGUGUGCAGGGGUUACUACGACGUGAUGGGACACUUUGACAGCACGUUCAACUGCUCCAAGGGCAGCUACAUCUACUGCUGCGGCACCUGCCACUACCGGUUCUGCUGCGAGCACCAGAGGAACCGGCUGGACCAGGAAUCCUGCAACAACUACCACUCCCCCGUCUGGGCCGACCCACAGGUCCCCGUCACCGUGCCUGUGGGCAACAAGCCCGACCCGGACUUUGAGACGCUCCAGCAGCAGAACAGCAGCACGGCCUACGUGAUCGGAGGGGUGAUCUCCUUCACGCUGGUGGUGGCCGUUGGCGUCAGGAUCGCCUUCAGCAAGGUGGCGCGCCGACCCCGCAAUAGGGACAUCAACAUGCCCAGAUCACUGGUGGAUAUCUUGCGUCACCAGUCAAGCCCGGUGCAGCAGGGAGAGAGGAACAACACCACAGUGCUGACCACCACCACCUCGGACGGACGGACGUCCAAAAACCUCUACACCCCCAUCCUGCAGAGCAAAGACAACCGCACUGGGAACUUGCACCACCAUUUUAACCAGCAGGGGUCUGCCUCCAGCCCCAAACACUCUGCGACCAUCGAGCGUGGACCCCGUAUGAACAACACCCCCCAGCUCUCCUCUGGACCCUCCCUGCUCUCUGGUAGCAGUAAAGGUCCUGGCGGUGGCGUCGUUGGUGGCAGCAGCAUCAUGGGAGGGGGCAUGAGACACAACAGCAGCCAUCCCUCCUUCUCCCACUCCUUCCACAACCUGGCCCAGCUGCCGCCGUCCUACGAGUUGUCCAUGAAACCUGAGCUGAGCCGCUACAGCUCCCUGAAGAGGCUGGAGAAAGAACUGGACGAGUACUCCAGCUACUACAGCUCCAAACGUCGCUCCAACAACGCUCCGCCCUCCUUCCACUCCUCGCAGCACCACCUGCCCUGGGGAGGCGAGUACACGCUGGGAUCCAGGGGCACGCUGCCCCUCCACGACUCCCGGCCCCGCAUCCACAUCCCCGCCUCCACCCCGAACCCGUACCCGCUGCCCUCCCAGACGCACUACACCAGCUCCUCCUUCGACAGGCCGCCGCGCCGCGUCCGCUCCCAGGACCAGCUGCUCGCGCUCGGGGAGGGCAACACCCUGUCCCGCCUGUCCAAGAACCAGCAGCACCAGUACUACAAAGCCAUGAUGAGCAACAGCAGGGGCUCCAACUCGCAGACGCUCCGCAGGUCCCACGAGAGGCUUCUGGUCUCACCCGACCGUCUGGAGGACCGGCUGAUUGCGAUGGGUCUGAUAGUCGGCGGGGGCGACAGAGGAGCAGGAAGCGGGAUGGUGCCCACCAUGGGCCGGCUCAGCCACCACCAGAAGGCCCAGUCGCAGCAGAACAUCUGCGUCACGCCCUCCAUGGACCGCCACCACAUGAUCAAGAUGAACUCCCACCCGACGCCGGGCCACGACCACGACCGCAGCUCCGCCGCCAUGCCCGGGAUGGGCAUGCACGGCGGAUGGGACCCCCACGGCGGAGGCGGAGCAGGGACGGGCGGAGGCCACCCCAACGCCCGGCGGAUGGCUUUCGCCAGCAAGAGGCAGAACACCAUCGAACAGCUGCACUUCAUCCCCGGAGGAGGAGGAGUGCAGGGACUGCGGACUGGGAGUAAGAACGAGGUGACAGUGUGAGAGGGCGAGGGAGGUAAAGAGAGAGGAAGAUGAAGAGCAGAGAGGCGAGGCUGAAGAGGCAGACAGUGGAGAGAGAAGUGGCGAGGCAUUUAGCGGGAGGAUGAAGUGAUGAGUGAGCUGAGGAGGAAAAGGAAACGAGGACGAGGUUUGAUCUCAUCUGGCUGCCUCACAGGGCUGCACAGCAAACAGCCCCCCCCCCCUUCAUAAAACAGACAACAUUAAUCUCACAGCGAGUAAAGCCAACUGAUUCUCUCCUUGUCACUUUGUGUAAAAGAGAAUAUUCAGCCAUUCUUUGUAAAGGGGAGACAGAACUGUCCGCUGAAAGAGAGCAAACGCAGCGAGUGCAGCUAAAGGCUGCCGAGUGUUCGCUGUGACUUUUAUUGAAGGACACCCGCUGAGUCAAAUUUGUUGAAUUGUCCUUGAGUUUUAUUGCGCUGUCCUCCGAGUCCUCGAGAGCUCUGACAGACUUUCAUCUGUCUUUGAAUCCACUGUGGAUGAUGGAGCGCCGAGGCCGAGGCAGACGGGUUUGCUUCUUUGUAUUUAGAAAAAGUAUUUAAAACCAAACAAGUCGCUUUUGUAUGAAAUUAACCUGAUGAUGAUAAUUAUAAUAAUAGUAUUAAGAUUACUGAGCCCUGUAAGACUUUGUGUGUAUUUGGUUUAAAACGUAUUUAUCUUUUAGCCAGCCAGUUUGCAGCUUGAAGGCUGGACAUGUGACCUGCCCGUCGUUUCUUUCUCUAGUUGUGAUUGGACUGUAAUGAAAGCAUCAUCUAGCUAAUCACAGUUAGCUGUCGCCUGAUCAAUUCACACGAGAAAAAGAUCAAAUCAAAACCAUUCUGUCACGAAACAAGUCCUGCAUAGACACCCUCUGCUGCUGUGAAGGCCCAGCCACACCGGCAUCUAACCGGUGACAUUUUUUGCAAAAUCAAUUAAUUUCAAUGAAAAUGCUGCAUCUCCUGGAUUGGUUUGUGGGGACACGUCUUUUGAAUGAGUUGUCCAGUUUUUGACAGAGCUAACAAGGUUGUCAAUUAGCAAAAGUUUGCUAGUUCUGCAGCCUUGUUUCCCUUUACAGAAGGGAGAACGGAGACAAAAGUCCAGUAUGAAGAAUACAGAAAGACGCUCGGGGAGCUCUUAUGGCUGACUAGCGGCAGCAUGUUCCUAGCGCGUUAGCGGUUUGCUCGUCAGCUGCAGUAGUUCACCAACUAUCUCUGUGAGUCGUCACCGUGUCACCAAGCUUCUAGCGCCACAUAUUUUGCAGAGAAGUUGCAGAUUAAUUUGGCUGGCACCUUCCGGAGUGAC